AAUAAAAAGCUCUGUGAAAAGCGAAGGAUUUGAAACGUUACUGUCAAAAUCUGGUCCCCUCUCACUCUACACCAGCUAACGGCGUAACGGUUCCUCGCCGGCGAUAUCAUCGCCAAUCGUUCGAUCCGACUUCUCACCUGCGCGGCGUUGUAUUGGGAUUCAAGAUGAUCGGAGCUUUUCUCACUAGAGCACUUGUGCUGAUAUUUGGCUAUGUUUAUCCUGCUUAUGAAUGCUUUAAAACUGUGGAGAUGAAUAAGCCUGACAUUAACCAACUUCGGUUUUGGUGCCAGUAUUGGAUUUUGGUUGCUGGAUUGACUGUGUGUGAAAGGAUUGGUGAUAUUUUCAUUGGCUGGGUUCCAAUGUAUGGUGAAGCUAAGUUGGCCUUCUUUAUAUACUUAUGGUUUCCUAAAACAAAGGGAACUGCUUAUGUUUACGACUCCUUCUUUAGACCAUAUGUUGCGAAGCAUGAAACAGAAAUUGAUCGUAAUUUGGUAGAGCUGAAAUUAAAAGCUGGAGAUAUGGCUGUCUCAUACUGGCAGAAGGUUGCAACCUAUGGUCAGACUAGAAUUUUUGAUAUUCUGCAGUAUAUUGCUUCGCAGUCGCCUCCACCUCGACCAGUUCAGAGAGUUGAGAAAUCCACAAAUGGACAACCACAACCCACAUCUCCUGCUUCUGGUGCAUCUUCAAGUGAGCAGCUAGAUGACUCAACAGAUGAAGCAGAGCGUUCGCAAGAUUCAAAACCUAAAACUGCACCCGCAGUCGUCUUGAGUGAGCAGAAAACAACUCCAGCCUUACCCCUCACUGAGACGGCGAAACCUUCGACUUCCAGUGAAAUGCAAGUUGAUUCAGCCCCUCCAGCACCAAAGGAAGCCGCUCAACCUCCUACUCCGCAAGAAGUAGUCAUGGAAGAUCCUGUCCGAAUGACACGAGCUAGGUCUCGCAGAACACGCCAUCCAUCGUCGGAUCGCGUAGAUAAGUAGUAGUUACUUCAACAUGUAAUUACUCGCAAGGUGAAUGGAUUGUUGGGUUGUUGAUGCUGAUGUACAUUCUGCCACUGUCGACAAAUACAUGUUAUGGUUUCAUAA